AUGUCUCUAUCGGACAUUGAUACAUCUUUUUCUCGGGCUAAAACAAGCAAUAACAAUCUGAAUAAUAAUACAAAGAAUCAGCUAGCUCAAUUAUAUCCGCAUGUCAGUGAAGAUACACCGUUGCCAUCCAAAUGGAAUGGCAAAGAAAAAAGUACAACAUUAACUUUAUCACAUAAUAGUCUGGUUGUUCAAUAUAAAGGUUGGAAAUUUUAUGGUGGUCCAGGCAAAUCUCAUAAAGAUGCAGCGAGUGUUCGGUCCGAUUAUCCGAUUCCACCCUUGUGUGGUAUUUAUUAUUAUGAAGUGAAAAUUUUGAGUAAAGGACGAGAUGGUUAUAUGGGAAUUGGUUUGUCGACGAGCGAAGUUAAUUUGAACAGAUUGCCAGGUUGGGAUAAAGGUUCGUACGGUUAUCAUGGUGAUGAUGGUCAUUCUUUUUGUUCCUCUGGUUCUGGCAUUGUUUAUGGACCAACAUUUACGACGGGCGACUUUGUUGGUUGUUGUGUCAAUUUUCUCGAUAAUACAUGUUUUUAUACUCGCAACGGUUACAAUCUUGGCACAUCAUUUAAAGAUAUACCAACAGAAAUUUACCCCACUGUUGGUCUUCAAACGCCCAAUGAAGCAGUUGAAGCAAAUUUUGGUUUAAUGCCGUUCAAAUUUGAUAUUGAAAAAUAUAUGGAUGAAUAUCGUGAAAAAACUCGACAAUCAAUAAUCAAUUUUUCAUUGAAAGAAGGAGAAUUAAUUCAUCAACUACAAUUACGACGUAUUGUAUCAACAUAUCUCGUACAUUAUGGUUAUUGUGCAACAGCUGAACAGUUUACAAAAAAUGUUGAAAACGUAUUCGAAGAGGAACUUGCAUCAAUGAGAAAUAGACAACUUAUUCAACAAUUGAUUCUUGAAGGACGUACAACAGAUGCUAUAGAAAAAAUUCGUGAAUUAUUUCCAAAUUUAUUAAAUAAUACAAAUUUAUUAUUUAUUUUAAAAGCUCGACAAUUUAUUGAAAUGGUCAAUGGUACAGAAAGUGAAAUUCGUACUAUUCGUAAACCGUCCACAACAAAUACAAAUUCAACCUGUAAUAGUUUUACUCCACAUACUACCACCAGUAAUUCGUUUCUAUCUUCUUCGUCGCUACCACAACAAAGUCAUUCAUUUCAUAAUCGUCAGCAACGAGCAAAUAGUCCAGUAUGUUUAUCUCCAUCUUCAUCUACGAAAAAUUCAUGUUGUUGUCAACAUUCAUCUUCACCGAUCCGUCCAUCGUCACCUAUGCAUACAACAAUAUCAUCUACAAUACCGAAAAACUCUUUUAAUAAUAAUCGUUCUAGAUCAAAUAGUCCGUAUACAACCAGACAACAUACGAAAGAGAUUGGUGCUAAUGAAGCAAAAAGUCUACAAAGAACAGAAAAUAUAACUGAUCAAAUUCCAGUUGUAUCAACAGUCGAAGAAGCAUCUAACUCAGAAGCACAGCAACAACUAACCACAGCGUCUUGUCUAACAGAAUCAUCCAUUUCUCAGCCACAAACUCAUCAGACUUCUGCUGACAAUACUACAGUGAAUUCUACUACAGUGGCAAAUUUAAUGGAUAUUGAUGAUUUACCGGCAACAGCAACAAAUGGAUUUUCUACUCGAACAGUACCAACGACAAUGUCAAAUGGUUUGAAUCAUUCAUUAUUAGGUGAUGAACAUAUGGACAAUACAAAUCAAAAUAAUGGAUAUACUGGUGGUGGGCAAAAUGACGACGAAGAUGACGAUGUGUAUGAUUCUUGUCAAACACAUAUGGAUCUAAAUGCUACAAAUCACACAUCUGAGACAAAACAUUCACCAGAUGAUGAUUUACUUUAUAGAAUACUACAAUUCGGUCGAGAAUUAUAUACAUUAAAACAGCAAUUAACAACUGAAUACGGUGAAAAUCUUGCACAUGAUAAAAUUUUACAGGAUGCAUUUAGUCUACUAGCAUAUUCUGAUCCAAAACAUUCUCCAAUGGGAUAUUUAUUAGAUCCCAGUCAACGAGAGCCAGUUUCAACGACGUUAAAUAGUGCCAUUCUUGAAGCUCACAAUAUGCCACGUCAUCCCGCUUUGGAAGUAUUAGUUGGCUAUUUACAAGAGUGCGAUAAAACAAUGCAUAAAAACAAUAUCCCAGAUUGUGCAUUUAUUGAUUUAAAUAAAUAUUUACGGCCCUGA